AGGGAUCAAAAUCUGCAGAUGCACCGGCGGCGCCACAAGGUGCCGUGGAAGCUGCUGAAGCGAUCAGAGGCGGCGGCGGCGGUGCGGAAAAGGGUGUUUGUUUGCCCGGAGCCGAGCUGCUUACACCACAACCCUACUCAUGCGUUGGGGGAUUUGGUGGGAAUUAAGAAGCACUUUAGGAGAAAGCACAGCAACCAUAAGCAGUGGGUUUGUGAAAAAUGCUCCAAAGGCUACGCUGUUCAGUCUGAUUAUAAGGCACAUCUCAAAACCUGUGGAACCAGAGGCCAUUCUUGUGACUGUGGUCGAGUUUUCUCCAGGGUGGAGAGUUUCAUAGAACACCAAGAUGCUUGCAAAUUGGGACAUGGGCAACAAUCAGAAGUACUUCCAUGUUUGCAGCCACCAGCUUGCUUAUCAAGAACAGCUUCUAGUCCCACUCCGAGCCCUUCUUCUGACACAAACUUCACAUUCUUAAACCAAAACCAAAACCAAAACAAAAACCACAAUCUUUCUACAACCCAUCACCAAAAUUUGGACCUUCAACUUUCCACCACCACCACUUCAACUUCCAACAUUCAUCUCUCUCUUUCUCCAAAGCAACACCAAAACAAUAGCAACACCGACUUCUCCACCCAUUUGCAGCUCUCCAUUGGGUCUUCCACUAAUUACACCACUGACAAAAUUAGCAAUAAUAAUAAUUGUAAUGACCAAUAUAAUACGAGUGGUGAUGAGAAAAUUAUGAGCACUUCUUUGGCCUUGUUGAGGCUGAAAAAGGAGGCUGGGGAGCAGCUGAGAGAGGCAAUGAAGGAGAAGGCUGUGGCAGAAGAAGGGAGAAGAGAAGCAAAGAGGCAGAUUGAGUUGGCUGAGAAGGAGUUGGCCAAUGCCAAGAGAAUGAGGCAACAGGCUCAAGCUGAGCUACAAAGGGCCCUUGCUUUGAAAGAACAUGCCAUCAAGAAAAUCAACUCCACUAUUCUCCAAAUCACUUGCCAAGUUUGUAGGCAGCAUUUUCAUUUGCCAAAGAUUUGAAUUAUAAUGUAUAAUUCUCAUUUUAAUGAGACAAAUAAUUACCAUUUUGUAUACAUGAAAAAUCUCUUCUUCUUGUA